AAUAUACAGGGAAAAACAAAAUUAUUUUCAGCGACUAAAGGGUCCAAGACAAUAAAAUAACCCAUCAAGUUCUUGUCAUGAUUAGGUUUAAGCCGUGGGGUUAAGGUUGUAGAGAGUGAAAACAACCGUGAUGGUCAAGGAAAGUAAAGAACCUAAUUAAAUAUGUUCGAUUCUAUUACGCCAAAUAACGAAGGAACUAUGAGAACAGUACUCAACUAGAUCGUUUGACUGCUAAACUCCUCGGCUGUAUAAUUACUUACUAAGAAACCUUUCAUGCCUUGAGCAGAAUAUUGGCGUUUUGUCUGACCAUAACACUAUAUAAACCAGUUAGAUCAUCUUAGUCUCCACAGAACCAACAUUUAACAACAAAACCAGAAAAGAGAAGAGGAACAAAAAACAUGAAGAACUCUAGCAUGGGAACAUCACUUCUAUUGUUACUGGUAUUUGCCCCACUUACUUACUCCUCAGAUGCAAGAUUACAGGUAUGUCAGCCGAGUGGAAAAAUCAGAGGCACAAAGCCACCUCCAGGACAAUGUAACCCGGAAAAUGACUCAGAUUGUUGCAAACAAGGCAAGAUGUACACCACUUACAAAUGUUCGCCUCCUGUGACCGGCAACACAAAGGCUGUUUUGACACUAAAUAGCUUCCAAAAGGGUGGAGAUGGUGGUGGACCAUCGGAAUGUGAUAACCAAUACCACUCUGAUGAUACUCCAGUUGUUGCCCUUUCAACCGGAUGGUACAGUGGAGGAGAUAGGUGCCUUAACUAUAUCACCAUUAGUGCUAAUGGCAAAAGUGUGAAGGCUAAAGUGGUAGAUGAGUGUGACUCUACCAUGGGAUGUGAUGACGAACACGAUUAUCAGCCUCCAUGCCCGAAUAACAUCAUUGAUGCCUCUAAAGCAGUGUGGGAAGCUUUGGGUAUACCUGAAGGUGAUUGGGGCGAUUAUGACAUCACAUGGUCUGAUGGUUGUCAGCCGAGUGGCAAAAUCAAAGGCAUAAAACCGCCUCCAGGACAAUGUAACCCCGAAAAUGACUCGGAUUGUUGCAAACAAGGCAAGAUGUACACCACUUACAAAUGUUCGCCUCCUGUGACGGGUAAUACCAAGGCUGUUUUAACCUUGAAUAGCUUCCAAAAGGGUGGAGAUGGUGGUGGACCAUCGGAAUGUGAUAACCAAUACCACUCUGAUGAUACUCCAGUCGUUGCCCUUUCAACCGGAUGGUACAGUGGAGGAGAUAGGUGCCUUAACUAUAUCACUGUAAGUGCUAAUGGCAAAAGUGUGAAGGCCAAAGUAGUAGAUGAGUGUGACUCUACCAUGGGAUGUGAUGACGAACACGAUUAUCAGCCUCCAUGCCCGAAUAACAUUGUUGAUGCCUCUAAAGCAGUCUGGGAAGCCUUGGAUAUACCUGAAGGCGACUGGGGCGAGUAUGACAUUACAUGGUCCGAAGCUUAG